UCCUGUGCGCCAUGUUUUUAUUUUGACAAAAGAUGGAAAUGACAGAACUUUGUUUACCUCUUUUGAUUUAUCUUCACCAUAAAAUGCCAUAAUGUUUCCCAUAACACCAGGUAUAGCCAGCUUAGUCACCCAACAACUGAAUGUGGCAAGCAAUGGUAUGUGUGGAGUCCAGAUGCCAAAUGGACUGUCAUCAGACAUACGCUCCACGCCUCUGUCAUUCGGUCCAUUCACCACUGUUCCUCCACCUGAACCUCCACCCCACCCUGCUGAUCAGCCCCCACCUCCACCCCCACCAUCCAAUGGAAAUGCCGGAGAGUUUGUCUGCCCUCUCAGACCGGACCAUGGCCGAGAGGGAAAACCCAUCGCUCUCCGGGCAAACCAUUUUCAUGUCAACAUCCCCAAGGGCUUCAUUCACCACUACAAUGUAGCAAUCACACCUGAAAAAUGUCCCAGAAGAGUCAACAGAGAAAUAGUGGAGACGAUGGUAAAUGCCUACACACCCAGAAUCUUCUCAGGCCAGAAACCUGUCUUUGAUGGAAGAGAGAAAAUGUAUAGCAGAGAACCACUGCCAUUUGGCAAGGACAAGGUGGAGCUGGAAGUGACCCUGCCAGGAGAGGGGCGGGACAGGAUAUUUAAAGUGGCCAUUAAGUGGGUGUCCCAGAUAAGUCUGUACGCCUUGGAGGAGGCACUGGAGGGCCGGGCACGCAGGAUUCCCGAGAGUGCAGUAGAGGCCCUAGAUGUCAUCAUGAGGCACCUGCCUAGCAUGAUGUACACCCCAGUAGGACGGUCAUUCUUCUCCCCACCUGAGGACUAUGAUUACCCCCUGGGAGGGGGGAGAGAGGUCUGGUUUGGUUUUCAUCAAAGUGUUCGCCCCUCCCACUGGAAGAUGAUGCUAAAUAUUGAUGUGUCAGCUACAGCUUUCUAUAAAGCCCAGUCUGUCAUUGAUUUUAUGUGUGAGAUCCUGGAACUGAAGGAUGCCAAUGAACAGAGGAGACCCCUGACUGAUUCUCAGAGAGUCAAGUUCACCAAGGAAAUCAGAAAUUUAAAGGUAGAAAUCACUCACUGUGGAACUAUGAGGAGAAAGUAUCGAGUUUGUAAUGUCACCCGCCGCCCUGCUCAAACUCAGUCAUUUCCCCUCCAGCUGGAUUCGGGACAGACAGUGGACUGUACAGUGGCCAGGUACUUCCUAGAGAGAUACAAGAUGAAAUUACUACAUCCACAUUUGCCAUGUCUACAGGUGGGACAAGAACAUAAACACACAUAUCUUCCAUUAGAGGUUUGUAAUGUUGUUGGAGGCCAGAGAUGUAUAAAGAAAUUGACUGAUCUCCAGACAUCUACCAUGAUCAGGGCAACGGCAAAGAAUGCACCAGACAGAGAAAAAGAAAUCAAUACUUUGGUCAAGAAGGCUAACUACAAUGCGGACCCCCAUCUGAGGACAUUUGGAAUCACUGUCAACCCUCAAAUGAUGGACCUGCAUGGAAGAGUCCUGUCACACCCUAAACUGCAGUAUGGGGGAGCGACUAAAGCCCAGGCCCUGCCAAACCAAGGUGUAUGGGACAUGAGAGGAAAGCAGUUUUACUAUGGAAUAGAAGUGCGAGUUUGGGCCAUUGCCUGCUUUGCUCCGCAGAGGAGUGUUAGAGAAGAUGCACUUAGGAAUUUUACCCAGCAGUUACAGAAGAUAUCUACAGAUGCGGGCAUGCCUAUCCUGGGUCAGCCCUGCUUCUGUAAGUACGCCACAGGUCCAGACCAGGUGGAGCCGAUGUUCAGUGUGGUAUGAAGAAUUAAAACCAAAAACACAUACGCCGGACUACAGCUGAUUGUGGUGGUACUACCUGGCAGAACACCAGUUUAUGCUGAGGUGAAAAGAGUGGGUGACAUCCUGUUUGGGUUAGCCACACAGUGCGUGCAGUCUAAAAAUGUCAACAAGACUUCUCCGCAAACUCUGUCUAACCUCUGUCUGAAAAUUAACGUCAAACUCGGAGGCAUCAACAACAUCCUACUGCCAAGUAGUAGACCCCUUGUGUUUCGAGAACCAGUUAUUUUCCUGGGGGCUGACGUGACACACCCUCCUGCUGGGGACACCAGCAAGCCCUCCAUAGCAGCUGUGGUUGGUAGUAUGGAUGCCCACCCAAGUCGGUACUCGGCCACCGUAAGGGUCCAGGAACACCGUAAGGAAGUGAUAGAGGAGUUCUGCUCGAUGGUCCGUGAACUUCUUAUCUCCUUCUACAAGUCCACACAAUUCAAACCAACCCGCAUCAUCAUCUACAGGGACGGGGUCAGUGAGGGCCAGUUCCAGAAGGUGCUUGCCCAUGAGCUGAGAGCAGUAAGGGAGGCAUGUAUGAAGCUGGAGAUCGGAUACCAGCCCGGAAUAACAUUUAUAGCUGUUCAGAAGCGACAUCACACUCGAUUGUUUUGUGCCGACAGGAAGGACCAGAUAGGACGCAGUGGAAAUAUCCCAGCAGGCACCACUGUGGAUGUGGGAAUCACACACCCCACUGAGUUUGAUUUCUACCUAUGCAGUCAUGCUGGAAUUCAGGGCACAAGUCGGCCCUCUCAUUACCAUGUGUUGUGGGAUGACAAUUGUUUUAAAGCAGACGAGCUUCAACAACUGACAUAUCAGCUGUGUCACACAUACGUACGAUGUACACGCAGUGUAUCAAUCCCCGCUCCAGCGUACUACGCUCAUUUAGUGGCAUUCAGAGCACGAUAUCAUCUGGUAGAGAAGGAACAUGACAGUGGAGAAGGAAGCCGUCAUUCUGAUGAAAUGGAAAGGACACCUUCUGCCAUGGCUCGAGCCAUUGCAGUUCAUCCAGACACUGUGAAGGUCAUGUACUUUGCCUAGGUCAAGGACACCACCAUAAUAAAGACAAAAGCUUGUCAAAAGCUCACCAGAAAAGAUAUCUGACAGAAACCAGCUCAGUCAAACCUCGGAAAGUGCUAGUACUGAAGAUUCUAGUCAUUGGCCACCAAUGUACUACACACUUUUAUUUUUCUCUUGUAUUUUUUCAACAUCUUUUUUGAAACCUUCUUUUCAUCUAGUUUUUUUUUCAUCAGAUGAAUUGGUCAUUUUGUGUGAAUAAAGAACACCAAACUUUUUUUCCUGUCAAAUAAAGUGCUAAUUUCACUUUUAAAAGUUUUUUCCCCCUACAAUAUUUUGUAAAUUUAUUUGAUAUAAAUGUAUGCAUGUUCUUGUUUUUAGUUCCCACAAUUUAUGUCUGUUUUGACACUAAAUAUUUCAUUUGGGGCAGUCCUAUGAUUUCUGUUGUUCUGAACAAUUUGUUGAUAACUUGGAGAUCAAUGACGAGAUCAGCUGAACAUUAUAUGAAUAAAAUAAGAUGCAGACAUUUGCAAUAAAGUGUGAAUAUGUCAUAAAAGAGGUGAUGGGGUUGUUCAAUCUUUACCAUUGUGGUUUAUAUAUAUUGUUCCAUUUUUCUGUUCAGUACAGUAGAAAUAUUCAUAUUUUUCCAUCUUGUUAGUAGAAUCUCAUAAUUCAAAGCAAAUAUCCAAUUACCAAAAAUAAACUUUGAUAAUUUUUUUUGAACAUUUAAAAUUGUAAAAGGAAAAAUUGCUUUUGAUAUACUUGUAUUUAAUCUGAACUUGAAAUAUUUAUCUUUAAUCUAGAAUGAAAAGAUGUUUCAUCUACACUGGAUUUAAUCAGCUGCUAUUUUUCAUACAUGUACACCCGUACUUUGUCCCACUUUGAAUUUUAUAUUUUCAUAUCAUGUUUUUUCAUGUUUAUAGUGUCACAUAAGCCGGGAAAAUCAUUGUUAUAUUUAGACAUUUUAUGACUUUCUCUAUUGAGACCAAACAUUAUAUUUCACCAGUGUUUGAUGUGCAUUACAAUUUUUGUUUACAAUUUCUCAAAUACAUCUGCAGAUUCAUCAUUAACCAUUUAUUCUUGGAUUGUUGCUUUUUGAAAGAAUUUUGAUUCUUUACUUUACUUUUUCAUGAAUCUUGUUAUUAUUAUCAAUAUUAUACAUUGUUAGUGCUCAAUAAUGUAAAGUAAAAAUUGAGAAAAUUUUCCAUAGAUAAAUUUCAGUCUUGGUUAGUAAAGGUAUUUUAAGUGUUCUAGUCCAUGAAAAGUUCUGAAACAUGAAAUAAGCUUAAUUUGUUGUAUGCAAGAAAAUACUGCAUAAAUAGUACAAUGUGGUGAACUACAUGUAUUUCCCAAUUUUUUGUCUCUAAUCAUGUCAAAGAGUACUCAGUUGUCAUCUACCACAAAGCAAUGAAAUGGCUGUGUAAAAAAGAUCAAUAAUUAUAUAUUGUCUAUAAUCAGUGUGUUUUACCCUUUAUACACGUGUUUGUACAGCACUAUCUCCUUUUUUUGUUAGGACAGUAUAUUUUGUUAUAGAAUAAUGUAAAAUUACUGUAAUUUGGUGCAAAUGUAUGGUACCAUGUAAACAAUAUAUUUAAUAAUUAGUAGUAAUAAGUAGAAAUAAUAUAAUAGAAUUAAAUAAUUGCUGUAAAUGUGGAAAAGAAAAAAAUACCAUCAAAAACUAUAGUUUAUACAUUAAUAAUGAACAACUAGAUUUUCCGCAUUUGCAGCACUUUAAAUAGCAAUAGGCAUGUGUAAUUAUUGCAUGAUGAUCUUGUGUUUUAUUCUGAUUUAUGACAACAAAUAUUAUCGGUCUGAAGUUUCAUCAACAAUGUGGGCAGCUAAUGGUAUGAUAAAGAAUCAAGUACAAAGUGGUAUUUUGGGAGGGAUUUCAUAGUUUGUCCCAGCAUGAAGAUGUAUGAUGCUUCUCAUACAGCUAGAUCAUCCAACAAUUGAGACAUUUCAGGCCUAUUAUUGUUGCAGAAGGUUGUAAACAAAGAUUUAAUAUGAUAUAUAUUAUUUACACUAAUUCAGUUUUUCAGUGCAUAGUGUUCAGUUUAUUAUUAGAGAAUUAAAUUAUACUCAAAGAAUUAUUGAUACAUGACAUUGAUGCUGGGAUAAAUUAUGAAUGUUUAACAUAUUUGUCAUUACAGAGCAUUCUUUUAAGGUAAAAAUGCAACAUUGAAUCCAUUGAAUAAGUUUAUCAUUUUUAACAAAAGUUUACUAAAGCACAACUUUAUUCAUAUCCUAUAUACAGUAUAUUUAAAAUAUGUUGUCAUUUAUCUGUUAAAUAUUUGUUUUUUAUCUGUUAUAAUUGUAGGUUUACAGCUUAAGAUUAACAAAAUAAAAUAUUUGUCUUUUA